AUGACAACCGCCGUAAACCCAACAGGUUAUGGGCCCAGGAGGGGAAUAUUAUUUAACGGCGAUGAGAGCAAAUACGAGCUGUGGGAAGUUAAGUUUCUGGCGCAGAUGAGACUGCAGAAAUUAUACGACGUAUUUGUGCCAGGUGAUAAACAACCCGAAGCGCCGAAGAAAGCAGAUGCUUUCGCUGAGUUGGUUCAAUGCUUAGACGACCGAAGCCUAUCCCUUGUAAUACGCGAAGCAAAAGACGACGGAGAAAGAGCGUUAGAAGUAGUGAGGCGCCAUUAUCAAGGCAAGGGGAAACCUCGGGUUAUCGCGCUGUACACAGAAUUGACCACGCUGAAAAAGUCGGAGAACGAGAGCAUUGUGGAUUAUGUUAUACGGGCUGAGAAUGCGGCGACAGCGUUACGAACCUCAGAAGAAGUAAUAAGCGACCCGUUAUUAAUUGCGAUGGUACUCAAGGGACUACCGAGUAGUUUUAAAACAUUUUCCGCGAUUGUUGUGCAACGAGACAAGGAAAUGACAUUUGCUGAAUUCAAGACCGCAUUACGUAGCUACGAGGAAAGCGAGAAAAGUCGUAAUAGUGACACUGGGGACAAUGUUAUGUUAUUUAAAAACAACGGAAAGUUUGAAGGCACCUGUUUUAAAUGUGGCAAAAAGGGUCAUAAGAAAUCUGAUUGUUGGUCGAAGUCGGGGAAGACCGGAAAGUGGUGCAACAUUUGUAAAAGUAAAACGCAUGAAAAGAAGGAAUGUCGAACGAACUCCGGAGGUAGAGAAUCAACGAAGAAAGCAGAAGAAAAAGGUUUCAAGGAACACUCAUUUACACUCACACUAAGUGACAAUAAUGAUGAACAUUUGGGUAAGACUAUUAAUACCGUAUAUAGUAAUUUACUUGUAGAUAAUGGGGGAACCAGUCAUAUUAUUAAUGAUAAGUCUAAGUUUAUAGCAUUUGAUGGAAAUUUUGAUUCAAGUUCCCACGUCAUCGAACUUGCUGAUGGCAGCAAGGCAAAUGUAGUAACAGGUAAGGGCGUAGCAAAGGUUAAGCUUUAUGACGUCAACGGAAGUUCGCAUGAUAUAAUCUUAAAUAACGCGCUACGUACCAUCUUAUAAACAGGAUAUAUCUUCCGUAAACGCAGCAGCAGAGGAAGGCGGAAGUAUAAGUCUCGACAGGCAUGCUAAGCAGUUUAAAAGCUCAGAUGGCUCUGUGUUUAAUAUUGAGCAAGUUGGUCGUUUGUAUUAUUUGAAUAGCAUUUCAUCUUCGAGAAAUAGUGCGUGUACUCUUACAGAGUGGCAUAGGAUCCUAGGACAUUGUAACUUAGGGGAUAUACGUAAACUAGAAAGCGUUGUAGAGGGAAUGAAGAUCUCAAGUUACGAUGAGAUUGAAUGCAAGAUAUGCACACAAGGUAAGAUGACACAGUCGAGAAGUAGAAUUCCUGAUAGAAGGGCAAAAGCCCCAUUAGAAUUGGUGCAUUCCAACCUUGCUGGACCUAUCAAUCCAGUAGGUAAAGAUGGUUUUAAUUAUGCCUUAUCUUUUGUUGAUGAUUACUCAGGUGUAAUUAUGAUAUAUUUCCUUAAACAAAAAUCAGAUACACUGGAAGCAACUAAGCAAUUCUUAGCGGAUACUGCUCCUAUUGGUAAGAUUAAUUGUAUCAGAAGUGAUAAUGGUGGAGAAUUUGUAGGGCAAAAAUUCGAAUCUCUCCUCCGUGAAAAUAAUAUUAGGCAUGAAACAUGUGCUCUGUAUUCACACCAUCAAAAUGGGACCGCUGAGAGAGCUUGGCUAAGCCUAUUCAAUAUGGCAAGAUGCUUGUUGCUAUAG